CUGUAGUUGAUCCUUUAUCAGUUGUCUAUGUGUGGUUAAUAAAUGUAACUUUUGUUUCCGAGUUUAGUUAAUUGUUUUUGUUUAAUUAGUCAAUAAGUUGUUAUCUAAGAUGAAAUUAGUUUUUACCUUAGUUUUUAUUUUAAGUAUAAAAAUAACAGAAUCUGUAACACCAGCAUUGAUUCUUACGCCUCUUAUUGAAGCGAAUAAAACUGAAGAGGCGAGAAAACUUGCUAGCGUUGAUCCUUUACUAUUCUUAAAUGUGACCAGCUAUUCCGGAUUCCUUACGGUUGAUAAAAAAUACAACUCAAAUCUAUUCUUCUGGUACUUCCCGGUUCCUGAUAAGCCAGUUGAUAAGACGCCAUGGAUUAUUUGGCUGCAAGGAGGUCCCGGUGCGACCAGUCUUGUUGGUGUGUUUGAUGAAGUCGGUCCAUUUGAAUACAAGAAAGAUUUAGGUUUAAAAAAACGUGAUUCCUCAUGGUGUAGGGAGUACUCCAUGGUGUUCAUCGAUAACCCAGUAGGCGCUGGAUUCAGUUUCACUGACAGCAAUGAUGGAUUCGCAAGAAAUAUGUCUAUGUAUUCCAACCAAUUGUACACAGCAGUCAAGCAAUUGGUUGUGCUGUUCCCUGUGUUACAAUCUAGCGAAUUAUACGUGGCUGGCGAAUCCUACGGUGGACAUUACAUACCGGCAUUCGCAAACAAAGCAUUGCAGGAGAUGAACGAACAUGGAAAAAUACCUUUUAACUUAAAAGGUUUAAUAAUGGGUAAUCCAGCGUUAGACCGCAAGGGGGAGACAAACUUCACCUCGGUUUUCUACAACUGGGGUCUGAUAGACCGGCAGGGGGUGAUCGCUGCCAGCUCCCUUCAGGAACAGUUUAUACAGGCCGUUCAAAAAGGAAAUUCCAGUGCUGCUGUUGAGCUUAGAAACUCGUUGCUCGACAAAUUGCAGCAGAUAGCUUUUAAGCCUGAUACGUAUAAUGUAUUGAAGAGUUAUCGGGAUUUGGAGGAUUUUAGUGAAUAUAUUGCAUUGGAGAAUGUCCGCGAGGCGCUGCAUGUUGGCAGCAUACGUUUCACCUUCAGCAAUCACAGUGUUCAUACGUAUAUUGUUGAAGAUUUCUUGAACCCAAUGUCACCGAUUAUGUCCUCUGUAUUGGAACAUUGCAGAGUCCUCAUCUAUUGCGGUCAGCUGGACUUGACAACGCCAUGUGUGCCAGCGGCGGAGUGGCGGCGCCAGCACUGGCACUGGAGCGGGCGCGAGAUGUUCCUGCGCGCGCCGCGCACACCCUGGUGGUACAACGAGUCUCGUGCUGGGUUCGUUAAAACCGGCGGAGGUUUUACAGAAGUAUUAGUCCAGGACGCGGGACAUCUCUCACCAAUCGACAAACCGGUACAGGUGCAGCAAUUAGUCUCCUACUUCAUCAGGGGCCUGGAUUUGCCAACACCACCAAACUAUCAAGUAGACCCGAAGAAUACGCCAGAGUAUACCGUACCAGAUAACCAGGAAACUGUACCAGAUUCUGGUACAGGUUAUAAAACUGGUUUGAUUGUGAGUGUCAGUGUGAAUGUUCUAUUAAUUAUGGGUCUACUUGUACUGGUCGUGUUCGCGGUGCGAUGGCGGAGGAGGAACGAGGAUUUCUUCUAUUCCCCACUCUCAGAUGGGAUUCUGUCUAUGACGUGAUAAAAUACUAUUAUUGUGAUAACAUUUUAUUUUUUUAUUUAAUCUGAGACCUGCCAUUAUUA